AUGGUGGCAGAAAACUACAGUUUGGCCAAAGUGAUCGGGAACAAUUUGAGGCUGCACGAAACACCCUCGACUUACGGACAAACAUCAAAUAACACUACUGUUAGGGGCGUUGUCGGCCGGAAAAUCAACUGUCGUAAAUCGAAGUAUAACGGUGUGCCGGAAGCACAGCUGAAUAUUCCCUCUUUCACGGUCCAUCUCGGUUACAACGGACAAGAGUAUUCGAGAACAGUGACUAAUGUAGGAGAUGCCAAGUCGACUUACCGCGUUGAGAUCGAGAGUGUUCCAGGCGUGAAUGUGACGGUCAAACCUACGGAUCGAUUGCCUGGGUUUUCGGACGGCACACUGUUCGAAUUCCGGUAUCUGUCCACUUGGUCCUGA